GACCUGAGCUAAGAAAGAUCGAGCACAGCUUUAGCUAAGAAAAUUAAGAUGGCAGGGGGUACGUUCAACAUUGAGGGUGGGGGUAAACAUUAUGAAGGAAAGAUCACUCUCUUUGUGAUCUUCACCUGUGUAGUGGCCGCCUCCGGCGGUCUCCUCUUCGGAUAUGAUAUUGGAAUCUCAGGAGGAGUGACUUCCAUGGAGCCAUUCUUAAGCAAGUUCUUCCCAUCCGUCGAGAAGAAGAUGAAGAAUUCCGGUGAUGGAAACAUGUACUGCAAAUUCGAAAGCCAGAUCUUAACAUUGUUCACCUCUUCCCUCUACAUUGCAGCGUUGUUAGCUUCCUUCUUUGCUUCGGUUGUAACCAGGAAAUAUGGUCGGAAAAUCUCCAUGUUUCUUGCAGGCUGUGCUUUCCUUGUAGGUGCUAUCUUAAAUGGAGUUGCCAACAGCAUUGUACUCCUAAUUCUCGGUCGUUUGUCUCUUGGUGUUGGUGUUGGAUUUGCUAAUCAGGCUGUCCCAGUUUAUCUAUCGGAGAUGGCUCCAGCAAAGUUUAGAGGAGCACUUAACAUUGGCUUCUCAAUAGCUUGCACUAUUGGUAUCUUAGUGGCCAAUCUUGUUAACUACGGCACAUCAAAGAUAAAGAGUGGACAAGGUUGGAGAGUUUCUCUAGCUCUUGCAGGGGUUCCAGCUUUGAUGUUGAUUAUAGGCUCACUCUUUUUGCCCGAUACUCCGAAUUCCAUCCUAGCAAGAGGUCACUUGAAGGAGGCCAAGAAAGUAUUGCAAAAGGUUCGCGGCACUGAAAAUGUCGAGGAAGAGUUCCAAGACCUUAUUCAAGCAAGUGAGGCUGCAAAGAAAGUAGAGAACCCAUGGACAAACAUCAUUCAACCGAGAUAUAGGCCUCAACUUGUUAUUUGUUGUCUCAUUCCAUUAUUCCAGCAGCUUACGGGAAUCAAUGCGAUCAUGUUCUAUGCACCAGUUCUUUUCAAGACAUUGGGUAUGGGAAAUGACGCUUCCCUCAUCUCUGCAAUCAUAACUGGUUCUGUUAAUGUUGUUUCUACUAUCGUGUCGAUUGUUACAGUCGAUAGGCUUGGAAGAAGGGCAUUGUUUCUUGAAGGCGGAGUGCAAAUGAUCGUGUGUCAAAUUGCAGUAGCAAUCCUGAUAGGUUUAAAGUUUGGAGUGAGCGGAGUAGGAUCACUUACGAAAGGCGAAGCUGAUUUCCUUUUGUUUUUGGUAUGUAUAUAUGUCGCGGGCUUUGCAUGGUCUUGGGGUCCGUUGGGAUGGUUGGUGCCUAGUGAGAUUUGUCCCUUGGAGAUCCGAUCAGCUGGACAAGCCAUCAAUGUGUCGAUUAACAUGUUAUUCACUUUUGUCAUUGGGCAAGCUUUCCUCACCAUGCUUUGCUCCAUGAAGUUUGGGUUGUUCUUCUUCUUUGCUGGCUUUGUUAUUAUCAUGACCAUCUUUGUUGCAUUCUUCAUACCUGAAACCAAGAAUGUCCCAAUCGAAGAGAUUAACACGGUGUGGAAAGCACACUGGUUUUGGGGCAAGUACAUUCCAGAUGACGCUAUCAAUGACGGUACAGACAACAAGGGUAGAGUUGAUUUAUAGGAGAUUUCACUGUGUUAAUAAUUAAGAUUCAUAUUUUCGCAAACUCUGUAUUUUGAUUUUUAGCUUUUUAAGAGAGCAUGUUUUGCCUUUUACCAAUUUUAGCUGCUACAUUACUAUCAGGUGCUUUGGUUUAUGGUAAGAAAAGAAAUAUUUAAAUGGCGACGUUUAGUUC